AAGUACGUGAAUGUCAAUUGUCAUAUGUCAAUUAUCCAAGAACUUGCAUGAAAGCAAAACUGUAUUUUACUUGUUUCUUUUCAAAUACUUGAAUCAUCAAAGCAAAGCUGAUGUUUUAGAUUGAAGUACAUCAGGAAAAUCAAUCAAAAUGAAGACGAGGUUCAACACUUAUGAUAUAAUAUGCAUGGUAGCGGAGUUACAAAGAUUGGUGGGCAUGCGAGUCAACCAAGUAUAUGACAUUGACAAUAAAAUAUAUGUCAUAAGAUUCCAGCGUUCCGAGGAGAAAGUAGUGUUACUUUUAGAAUCAGGCAACAGGUUCCACACAACACAGUUUGAAUGGCCUAAAAAUGUUGCACCAUCAGGAUUCACAAUGAAGCUACGAAAACAUUUAAAGAACAAGCGUCUAGAGAGCAUAAGUCAGUUAGGUGUGGACCGUAUAGUAGCACUGCAAUUUGGCAGCGGAGAGGCUGCGUACCAUGUGGUUUUAGAACUAUACGACCGGGGUAACAUAGUACUUACUGAUUAUGAAUGGACCAUAUUAAAUGUACUACGACCACAUGUGGAAGGUGAUAAGAUAAGGUUUGCGGUAAAAGAAAAAUAUCCAUUAGACAGAGCGAAAACAGAUUAUUCAGCUCCCAAUGAAGAGGUGCUCAAAGAAAUAUUGUCUAAAAGCAAACCUGGUGACAAUUUGAAGAAAACACUUAAUCCUAAUCUUGAGUUUGGUGCAGCAGUAAUAGACCAUGUACUCUUAGAAAACGGACUAACAGGAAAUAUGAAAGUAAAUAAAGAACAAGGUUUCUUAGUAGACAGGGAUUUGGACAAAUUGGUAAAAGCACUGAAACAGGCAGAACAUAUGUUGGAUAGUGCAAAAAAUACAGUGGCCAAGGGUUAUAUAAUCCAGAGGAGAGAGGAACGGCCUGCUGCGGAGGGAGAGGCUAAGUUCCUCUUAACCAACCAGGAGUUCCAUCCUGUACUCUUUGCUCAGUACACGAACCAACCUUUUGUUGAACUUGAAACUUUUGAUAGAGCUGUCGAUGAAUUCUUCUCAGCGUUGGAAGGACAAAAGAUUGAUAUGAAGACAGUCCAAAUGGAGAGGGAGGCAAUGAAGAAGCUGCAGAACGUCCGCAAGGACCACGACAAGAGAGUGACAGAGCUGAGCAGAGUGCAGCAGGACGAUAGGAAGAAAGCGGAGCUGAUAUCUCGCAAUGAGACGCUGGUGGAGCACGCCAGGAUGGCCAUACAGACUGCGCUGGCCAACCAGAUGUCAUGGGACAAUAUUGGCUUGUUAAUAAAGACAGCACAAGACAACAAGGAUCCCAUCGCAUCCGUCAUAAAGCAGCUCAAACUGAACACCAACCACAUCACCUUGCUGCUCUCUGACCCUUAUGAUGAUCAGAGUGAUGAUGAUGAAGAUGAUGAUGAUAAGCUAGAUCUGAAACCGAUGCUGGUGGAUAUAGAUCUGUCUUUAACAGCAUUCGCUAAUGCCAGGAGAUACUACGACCAGAAACGCAACGCAGCAAAGAAACAGCAAAAGACAAUAGAAUCUGCAGACAAGGCGUUGAAGAGUGCGGAGAGGAAGACCAAGCAGACCCUGAAAGAGGUGCAGACCAUCAGCAGCAUCAGCAAGGCGCGCAAGACUUACUGGUUUGAGAAGUUCUACUGGUUCAUCUCCUCGGAUAACUAUCUUGUGAUAGCGGGUCGCGACCAGCAGCAGAACGAGGUGCUGGUGAAGCGUCACCUGCGCGCGGGGGACCUGUACGUGCACGCGGACCUGAGCGGCGCCUCCUCCGUGCUGGUGAAGGCGGCGGGCAGGGCGCAGCCUCCGCCCCGCACGCUCGCUGAGGCGGGGCAGGCUGCCGUCGGAUACAGCGUGGCGUGGGAGGCGAAGGUGCUGACACGUGCGUGGUGGGUGCAGGCACACCAGGUCUCCAAGUCCGCGCCCACCGGAGAGUACCUCACCACCGGCUCCUUCAUGAUCCGCGGCAAGAAGAACUACCUGCUGCCUGACCAUCUGCAGUUCGGGUUCAGCUUUAUGUUCAGGUUGGAAGACAGCUGCAUAGAGAGACACAGAGACGAGCGCAGAGCUGUCGCGCCGGAGGACGCAUCUGACGUCAUCUCUGACGUCACCUCCGCACAGGAUCAAGACGAGGAGAUCCUCGUAUCUGAUGAUGACGAACCGUCCGAUACUGAAGACAGUAAGAAAAUAAACAGACUCGAGUCGAUCACAGAAGAGACGACGCAGAUUAAAAUAGAAGACGCACCAGAGAGUGAGAAGGAGAGCAGAGAAGAGACGGUGGGAGAAGCAGAGAGCAGUGAUGAUGACUCUGAUAGUGGAGUACUGCACACACAUAUUAAGGUGGAUCACGGUACAGGAGAAGUUUUUACCGAAUCUAAAACAAGAACAAUAUCAGAAAUGUCUGAUACAAGUGAAGACAAAUUUACUUUCCCCGCGUUACCAAAGAUGACGAAGAAACCACAGAAGAGGGAAAAGAAAGUACCAGAACCAAAAGAACCAAAGAAAGAGGAGAAGAAGGAGACAUUGAAGAGAGGACAAAGAGGGAAGCUGAAGAAGAUACAGAAGAAGUACAAGAAUCAGGAUGAUGAGGACAGAGCUGUGAUGAUGGACAUGCUUCAGUCGUCAAAGGAAUCAAAAGAGUCAAAGAAAGCUCAGAAGAAGGCAGCAGCAAAGCCUUCGAAGAGCAAGGCGGGUCAGGCGCGUGCGCAGCGCAUCCCGCAACCCGCGCCGCUGCUGCUCGAGGCUGACUCUGAGGAGGAGAUCGAUCCUGAGAUUGAGCAAGUGGAGGGCGCUGAUGCUGCGGGCGCGGACACAGACGUGGAGCUGCUGGCUCAGCUGACAGGCUGCCCCUGUGCUGAAGACGAGCUGCUGUUUGCUGUGCCUGUUGUAGCUCCAUACUCCGCACUCGUCAACUACAAGUACAAAGUAAAGCUGACUCCGGGCACGAGUAAGCGCGGCAAGGCUGCUAAGACCGCGGUGCAAGUGUUCCUGAGGGACAAGUGCGGCUCCGCGCGGGAGAGGGACCUCCUCAAGGCUGUCAAGGAGGAGAACAUCGCCAGGAACUUCCCCGGAAAAGUGAAACUCUCCGCACCGCAGCUUCACAAACACAAGAAAUAAUUCUAUAACAUUAAAUUUUAAACAAUUUCUUGCAAUUUUUUAUUAUUUAACGUUUAAAAUGUCCGUACAAUAAGUUAAACGAAGUCCAAACUGUUUUUUCAAAUAAAUAAUAAUUAUUUUCUGUUAAUAAAAUCUCUUG